UGUUAUGUUGAGAGGCUGGGAAUUUACACUGGGGCCUUGUCAGGGACACUGUCCCUGGCAAAGCCACAGUAGCCAGCGAAGCACUAAGAAAGAAAGAAAGAAAGCGUUGCCACACCAACAAAAGUGGUGUGUGAGUGUGUGUGUAAGAGAGGAGGAAAGAAAAGAAACAAGCGAGGAAGAAGAAGAGAAGAGAGAGCUUGUCUGAUUGCUCUCUGUGUGGCGCUGCGCAAAGAAUUGAUAGAUGGUGUGAGAAAUUCGUGGGGAAUUUGGUGAAAUCGAUUGGGUUUUCUUCCCGUAAGAUCGUUGCUGGGCGUGAUUGCGACGGCCUCGAUCGGCAUUUUGCUCCGCUAAAGCGGAUCUGGAUCUACAUUCCUUCGUCGCGUCCUUUCCCUUCUUGGAUCUCCUGGCGAUGAAUUGAUGAAGAUCCAAUCAAUAUGUCCCUUGGCUUUUGGGUAGAUCUUGGCGAUUCGGGAGGAGAUUGGCGAAUUGGAUGAGAGGUUUUCUGCUUCGUCGCCUUCUUUCUUCUCUUCUGCCGCUUUGAUUGAUUGACAUGGGGAAGUCUACGCGGUGGCUGCUGGCCUUGAUUGGCCUCAAGAAAUCCUCGAAAAAAACCUCAGUGGAAGAACAAGAUGUGAGGAAGAGCAGCAAAGACAAGAGACGAUGGAGCUUUGGGAAAUCAGCAGCGGCCCCGGCAGACUUCGUGAAAUCCAGCUCCAGUUCCGCGAGAGAGAUGGAUCACAGCCAAAACGAGCAGGCCAAGCACGCGAUUGCGAUCGCGGCUGCGUCCGCUGCCGCCGCCGAGGCCGCCGUCGCUGCUGCUCAUGCCGCUGCUGCGGUGGUCCGCCUCACUGGCGCUGCAAACUACGCUAGUCCAGUUUUCGAGCUCAUCAGUCGCGAGGAAUGGGCCGCUAUCAAAAUCCAGACUGCCUUUCGUGGCUACUUAGCUCGGCGAGCUUUGCGUGCGCUGAAGGCAGUGGUGAGGAUCCAGGCAUUGUUUCGAGGCCACCGAGUUCGAAAGCAGGCCGCCAUAACUUUACGAUGCAUGCAAGCUCUUGUCCGAGUCCAGGCCCGAGUUCGAGCUCGCCGGGUCCGGAUGUCCAAGGAAGGUCAGGCUGUCCAGCAGCAGCUCCUGGAGCGCAGGGGACGCUAUCGAAAAUCCAUGGAUGGAUGGAUUGCAAGCACUGGCACUGUGGAGGAUUUCCAUGCCAAGAACGAGCGAAAGCACCUGGGAGCGAUGAAACGGGAGCGAGCUCUGGCCUAUGCAUUCUCCCAAUCAAACCAGCUGACGAAGUUGCUGGCCGAGUUGCAGAGCCGAACAGCAUCACCCAUGGUGAUCGACUGCGAGCCCGACACCCCGCACUGGGGCUGGAGCUGGCUCGAGCGAUGGAUGGCGGCGCGGCCCUGGGAGAAUCCUUUCGAGGCCACCAGUCCGGUCGAUUCCGGCUGCACCAAGAUCGUCGAAGUCGACUAUAACAACCAGUCCGCCAACAAGCUAAAUCCAGCCAAAGCUCCGCCGCCACCACCUUUGUCAUCAACACCACCGAGCAGCAACACAGCCAUAGCAAAACCCGCCAAGAAACGAUCCGGCUCCGCCUCGGAAUCCAUCCCGGACGCGCACAAGAUCGUGAUUCCAAGCCCCACGAAUCCAGCGCCUCCAAUCGCCACUGAUCGCCACGGACUUUCCCCCAACGCGCAAAACUUGCUCUCUCACCCGAGUCCAGUGAUCGACCACCACCACCACGCCGAUCAAUCCUCCAGCGCUGCCGCCAUUGCCGCUUCUCCAAAAGAUCUCCUGGCUCUGGACGACUGUUUCGCCAAGAACACCCUCAAGCCUCUCAAGAACGCUGCUGCUGCUGGUGUGGGUACCAGCGCGGAAAACCAGAGCUUUGUCCAGGAUUUCCAGCAGGGGAUCAUCCGGGACAUGGAUCUCACCCUCGCCGGAUCCUCGUCCGAGCUCCCGGCGGCGGCGGUGCCGAGCUACAUGGCCACCACGCAGUCGUCCAAGGCCAAAGUUCGCUCCCACAGCACGCCCAAGCAAAGGCCAGAGCAGCUCUUGGGCUUGACGAUGCCCGACACUCCCAGGAAGAGCAUGAGAAACUCCAUGAAUGGCGGGCACGCCCUCCUCCUCGCCGCCACCACCGCCAGUGGAAGUUUCUCCUCCGCCACCGCUGCCGCCAAUAAUGCUGGCUCCAUCGCUGGAGCCCUGCUGAGAAGAGGCGGGAGCGCUUCCUCCUCGCAGCACGGCAAUGGCAGAGGCUUCUCCACUGGAUCCAUGGCGCUGGAUAGAUCCUUGAUCUCUCUCAAGGAUGGCCACGCGAGCUUGUCCAUCAAUGGCGACAUGAGAAAGCCCUUUAGAUUCUAGUCUUCUUCCAAAAGAACUGGAGGACAACGAAGUGUAAGUAUACGUAGUUCGUGUGUGAAUAAUACAUAUCUCCUCCAUA